UCUCGCGAGAUGUCAUGCAGCAGGAGAAAGAAAAUGGAAUCUCAUGCUAGCAUGGUAGCUUAUCGAAUAUAGCAACUACUGAAGAACUGUAACAUAUAAUUAAGGGUUGCAGCCUACAGAUGUCAGCAUGGACUCAAUAGAAAAGACCAGUGCAGUUAAUGAUGAUGGUAAUUCAGGUACAACAGACGAACAGCAGAGCCAAUCAGACGGGCUGGACUCUGUCAGCAGGCCAUCCUUGUCACAGGUUAAAAAGUCCUGGGGCUUCAGAAGGUCGACCAUUGCUCGGCGGGAGUUCAUGGAGGAGGUUGGAGACCUAUCUAACAGCCCCCCUGUGGUUCGAAGGGGCAGAACUCGAAGAGCCAAUCAGGCGGCUGCGACAAACACAGAAGACAAGAGCAAAAAGAAAAAUACCCGAACAACUCGGAGUGUAAUAGACGACCUGCAGUGGUCUGCCCCUUCCUCACCUGUGACAGAGGAUAGCAAGGAACCAUUGGAGACCUCUGCUGGAGGGACCUUCGAUCCCAGUUUAUGGCAGGACUUUGGAUCUGCUUUCCACACUGCUUUCUCUCUUCUAGGUGGUGGGGAGGACUUGCCACUGACUGAUGCCGCAACAGUUCCAGACUUUUUUUUGCCUGCCGAUCCACAGCUAAUAGAAAAAAAUGAGGUACCUGAUAAUCUGGAUGACACGGAGCUCACACAGCCUGCUGCUUCUGACAGCACUGCAGAAAGACAGAUCGACAAUGUUAUUUUGAUCUCUAGUCAAGAAGAGGACAGUGAUGAAAUGACUCUGUUGCAAAUUAAAGAGCAGUUGGCCAGCAGCAGCAGCAGCCAAGGAGGCUCAAAGACUCGUGGUGGGAAGGGUGGAAGAGGGAAAGCCAAAGCAAGGGGAAGAGGCAGGGGGAGAGGUAGAGGGAAAGGUAAGGCAAGAGGCAGGGGAAGGGCAGUGGAGCUUCAGUCUAUUCUAGCAGAUAAUGAGGAUGACGAAGAUGAUGUCAUCUUUGUUAAUACAGAUGAGCAGCAACUUUUACAUGAAGAGAGCAUCCAAAAUGAACCGCAUAACAAUCCUGAAAUGGAAUCUACAUCUACCGACUUUGAUAUAACUCUGAAUGCUGCUCUGCAGUCAGCCAGCGCAGGCUACGUUGUCGUAGACAGUGACUUUAAUCAAAGUAGUGCUUUAACUCAUGGCCAGUUUGCUGAUGCACCGGAUGAGACCGAGAGAGAAGACCAGAAUCAGGGUGAGAGUGGAGGAGAGACACAGAGCGUCACAGAGAGCGGGGAACAUGACUCCAGCGCCAUGUGCUUCGUCUGCAGCCAGACGCAUAUUAAGAGGUUCAUGAUCUGCUGUAACAGCUGCCAGGAGUGGUUUCAUAGUGCCUGUGUCGGUAUUAGUGAGACGCAGGACUGGAAGAUAGAAGAGAAAGAGCAAGACUACAUGUGUUUGACCUGUACCACCACGAGGCAGACCAUCAUCCACUUAGAGUCUCAGCUUGAGCCUGACCUUAGCUUUCCUGAGUGUUUGACACUAAGUCCUCCUGAUGUGGGAUCGGAGCAACAAGAGGAGCAGCAGCAAGUUCUCAAGGAGGCUGUUUUAGUGAAGGAGAAAGAAGAAGAGAGGGAGGCUGUGGAGACGAGGCCUGAGGGUGAACCUGCAGCUGAACCUCAGUGUGGGAUGGAGAGCUCUUUCCCUCUGUGCACUGGGCCUGGCUGCGCAAACCAGGCGCUGCCAGAUUCAGUUUACUGCGGCACAGACUGCAUCGUUCAGCAUGCUGCUAUUACUCUGAAGACUCUUUCCAGCCCUAAGGUGCCUAAAUCAGAUGGACGGCCGCAGAGAAGAGCUGCAGCAGCCAAACCUGCAAAGGGUCAAAGCUCGUGUCGAACAUCUAAGAGGUUGGCAAGAAAAGUUUUGGAGGAUGCUGAUGAAGCGGGGGUGAAGGAAGAUCACACAGAGCAGGAGGAGCCGUCUGCUUCUCCUAAAACCUGUGACCCCAGUCUCACAGAUGUUCAGUCCACUUCCAUACCAUCAUCUAACCUAGACACCACGUCUGAUGAGACCAGAGAAAAGCCAGAAACAGAGGUUGGGACAAUAUCACUUGUAAAACAGACGGUGGAACCGCCAUUAAAGCAGCCGCCUCAGGAAAAAGGACCUCAAAGUGCUGAUGUGUCUAUUAAGGAAAAACACCCUAAAAAUAGUGACCCAGAAAAAGAACCUGAAAGUACUGAUGUGUCUAAUCAGCCAACUGCUCCAGAUGGUGUCUCAGCCCCUCCCACACUGGAAAAAUCCAAUCAAACUGCAGCAACACCAACUCCACUACCUUCAGCCAUUCGAGUCCAUGAGAUGGGUGCACUAAUCGUCAAAAAGACCACAUAUGUCAUACCAAAGAAACAGCCUGCGUCUCAGUCUGCCUCUGGCCAGCCCUCCCAGAAAGUUUCUUCUGUUUCAACUCUGCUGAAUGAAACCCGUAAUCUUCUUGUCCCUCCGGCGCCCAGUGCUCCGUCCUCCCGACCCUCUCAGCCCAAUAACCAGGUCCGUCAGAGCAUCCAGCGCACCCUUACUAGCAUCCUGUUCAAGAGGGUAAGUGAUUGUGACGAUCUGGAGAUGCCUGAAAGCGAAGUUGUAAAACUUGUGGCUGGCAUUGAGAAGGAAAUGUUUGACAUAUUCCGCACUACGGACAGCAAAUACAUGAACAAGUAUAGAACUAUAAUGUUUAACCUCAAAGACCCAAGGAAUAAGGGCUUGUUGUAUCGUGUUGUAAAUGGAGAAAUUGGUCCAUUCAGGCUUGUCAGAAUGACCCAAAAGGAUAUGCAGGCUACUAAGGCCCCUGAGCCAACUACUAAGGAACCAUCUCAGCCUAGGAUUGAAGCUGCUAAGGAGACAAAUAUGCCAAAGCCUGAAGCCGUGAAGAUUGAUUUGGCCAGUUUGAAUCCUGCUAGAACAGAAAGAAAACCUGAGAGCAUGGAACAGAAGAAAAUUCUGCCUUCUCAGCCCUCCAAGGCUAAAGGUAUCCAACCAGGCAAAAACAAAAAGAUGCCAGAUAUUUUGUCCUGCAUGCUGAAGGAUACAACAAAGGAACACAAAGCUCACCUCUUUGAUCUGAAAUGCAAAAUAUGCACAGGCCAGAUACAAAAUGUAGAAGAUGAAGAACCUGCUAAGAAAAAAGUGAAGGUAUCUACAUCAACGCAUAAGACUGAGUCAUCAUGGAGGAAGCUUGGAGGGGAUGAGUCUCCACUUUUUGCCCCACCUGACAUGCCUGAAAUUGAUUCUCCUACAUCUUCACCGAUGGAGCCAUCGCCUCAUAUUGAUAUUGAUUCUCCAAAAUUGACAAUUGUAGAAUCUCCUGCUUCUCCAGUGAUGGAGUCUCCUACCUCCCCAACAUUAGAGUCCCCUGCCUCCCCUAUGAUGGAGUCUCCUGCCUCUCCAACUGCAGAGGGUUCCACGUUACCUGCACCAAAGCGAUCAUAUACACCAGUCGUGAUUCCCACUGUCUCCACGGUUACCAUUACCAGACGCGAUCCUCGAACAGCAGCAAAUAGGCUCACUGCUUCCUUAGGGGGUAACUCCAGCCUCAGUAACAUCACCACCAAACAAACAGCUCCCUACAGUGCCAUAAAAGGCCCCCCAACCAAUAGUUCAACACAACCACCUUCAAUACCACCACCAAAAGCUCUUCCCAAAUCAAUAUUGAUGAAGCCAUCCUCCUCUACUGACCCAAGACUGUAUGGUGCCUCCUCCAGAACCGCAGUCCCUCAAACCCCAGCAGAUGGUGAUACUGCUCCUUUCCUAGCUAAGCAGGGCAUACUGUGGAAAGGCUUCCUCAACAUGCUCACUGUGGCUAAGUUUAUGACCAAAGGAUACCUGGUUUCAGGACCUGCUGAAAAUCUUAAAGCGGAUUUGCCAGAUACCAUACAAAUUGGAGGACGAAUCUUACCCGAAACUGUGUGGGACUAUGUUGAAAAGCUAAAGACCUCAGUUACAAAGGAGUUGUGUGUGAUCCGUUUUCACCCUGCAACAGAGGAGGAAGAGGUGGCCUAUGUGUCCCUCUUUUCCUACUUCAGCAGCAGAGGACGCUUUGGAGUGGUCGCCAACAUUAGCCGUUCCAUCAAAGAUGUGUAUCUAGUCCCGCUUGGAGCAAAUGAAUCAAUCCCAUCCAUACUACAGCCAUUUGAAGGUCCAGGCCUUGAAAAGAACCGACCAAAUCUUAUUUUGGGUCUAGCAAUUACCCAGAAAUUAAAACGUCCAGCAAGCUUACCUCAGGAAGUUGAAGAGAAGAAACUCAAAGUGAACAUAUCCAAAGACCCUAUGUGGAUCCCAAAACCACCAGUCCUCUAUGGUUCAGAUACGUUUGACAUAUCCAAACCAUAUGAUCCAGAGAUGGCUGGUAGUUACUCCCCUCCUGGUUCUCCAACUUGCAUUGAAUCACCAUCAGACUUGUCCUCAUCUGGCUCAGUUCCCAAACCUCCCGUCCUUGGUUCAAUCAAAGAAAAUCCUUCUGUUUCAGCCAUUGCUGCUACUGAGUCCCCAGCUGUAAAUGACUCAGGCAAGAGUAUCCCACCAUCCAACAGCAAUAAGACCCCAUUACAGACUAUUUUGAAGACAUUGUUUAAGGGAAAGGAGUCUGACCCAAUAGUCUCCUCUGAUGGAAAUUCCCCCAAAACAGAUGGAAAUGCUAAGAAAAAACAAGUCUUCUCUAAAGUUUCUGGAUCUAUGGUUGAUCCAAUAGUCCAGCAAUAUGGACAAAAAUCAAAAGUCAAAAAGGUAGAAGAAGAGAAGGAGGAAGACUUUGACAGACCAUAUGACCCUGAAGAGGAAUAUGAUGCUGCAAAAGGAUACAUUUUUACUCAAAAAAUCCCAGAUAAUAAUAAUACAGAUGACUCUGAAUUAAUUGGCUCAGUGGAAGAUGAUGUGGCUUAUGAUCCAGAAGAUGAAACUAUCUUUGAAGUAUUUCAGGGUGAUGCUGCUGUAACAAAGCUUUCCUCUCCAAACCAAAGCGCAGAUAUUCAAAUUUCAGAAUCUCAAACACCCAUUUCAGAUUCUACUCCAACAACACUAAAGUCUAACCCAACUUCAGUAUUGUCGACCCUUCCCACAGGCACUGUAGUUGUCUCAGCUGCAACUCUGAGUGAACAGCAGCGGAUGCUGGAGGAACUUAACAGGCAAAUUGAAGAGCAAAAGCGACAGUUAAAAGAACAGGAAGAGGUGUUACGACAACAGAGAGAGGCUGUGGGAAUGUUUAUGGCUCACUUUUCUGUUUCUGAUACUUUAAUGUCUCCUCCCACAAAAGCACUUCCACACAGCCAGCUGCCAACUGGGCAGUGUGGUGAAAGACUAACAGUUUCAAAGCCUGCAGAUAAACCCAACAAAGUUACCAACAAUGCAGAGAUAAAGGAUACCUCAGCUGUGAAGUCAGAAACCGUUAGACUUGAACACACAACAGUCAGUGAUACUUUAAAAGAUACCACAAACACUCUGACAGAGCAAAUAGGAACAAAUGACAAUGUAAAAGACUGUGAGAAAUAUUCCUCUGCUGGAGAGAUUGAGGACUCUGAUGUAGCUUAUGACCCUGAGGAUGAGUCACUUUUUGAUGAAAUCCAGGAUGAUGUUUUUAAAGGAGGAAGUACAAAGACUAGUAACACUUCAUUGAAGACUAGGGAUAGCUAUGGGAACAGAAGCGCCUCUCCAAAUUCGCACCCCAGCAGAAGGCGAAGGUCAUCACCUAAAAGACGAAGUCGUAGAGAAAUGGACCAUAGAAGCCCUUCAAGAAGGUCACAGGGGCGUUCUCACUCACAUUCUAGGAGACAUAGGGACAAGGAUAGACACAGAAAAAGUGAAAGAGAUAGGUCUAGGCAUAGAACUAGAGAUCCAUCUGAAUAUUCAGGACACCAUCGAAAAGCCCGUGCUUCUAGCAGACAUUCUCAUAGGCGGGGAAGGUCCUCAUCUUCCCCAAGAAGAAAACAAUCAGCCUCCCUUUCGCCAAUACGCCACAGAGUACAACCUUCACAGGUCACUGAUAAGACAAAAAAUAAAAGUGCUCCAAACAAUCCUGAACCCGUAAAGACAUCUUUAGCAUCACCAUCAAUGCCAUCAACCAUUGGAAUUAAAAGUGACCCAGAUGAACAUAAGUCAGAGUGUAAACUUCUUGAGAAUCCUGUUAAAGACUCAGCUGAACUUAUUCAAAAUGUGAAGACUGAGCUUUCCGAACCAUCAAUCAGUCAAUAUGAAAUACAAACAAGCAGCUUUUCCAGCCAGGAAAACAGACCAUCUCUGCAAGAGACAUGGUUUCAAGACAAAUUUGAAAGCAAAAUUCCUCUGAGAGAAAUUGAUCCACCUCUGCGAGAUUCUCCUGAAAGCCCUGAUCCAGAACCACAGUUUUCAAAACCUUCCAGCACUGAAAAUGUGGAUUUUCAAAAGACUGAUUUACCAUCAGGACUAAAUAUUCAGGGCUCAGUCACAGAAGGGGAUGACACGAAGGACUGUGAAAACGGCAUGAUCCAAACAGAUCUAAAGGAACAAGGAAUUGGUGUUAUCGGGCCUGAUAUGCAAUAUGUAAUGACAAAUGUUUUGGGCCCUAAGCGAAGCUUAGAUGACCAUGGGACACCUAUGAUGGGACAGGCAGCAUGUCUUCAGGGUCCAGUGCUAAGUUUAAUAAAGAAUCCUAACCCCAAUAUAAACGAUACACAGGCUACCACUGGAGACUCAGAAAGAAGAAAACAAGUCCAAGGAGCAGCAAACCUCCAUGUUGCAUCAGGGAUAGAAAAAUCAAGCAUUAGAAUGGAGACCCCAGAUCAGUUGUUUAAAAAACAGCUGUCGGACAAAGCUCUGCCUGGGUCCAGGGAUUCUGUUUCUACAAUGCCACAUCAUAAUCCAAGUAUAACUGGGGACUUUAGUCAGGCACAGCAAAAUAUCAAUUAUAACAGGGAAGCUUUGCCUUUUUUGAAAACCGGUGAGUUAAGAUCCAACAUAAAUAUCUAUGACAGCAAGUCAGGCAUCAUGAAAAUAGAGACAGCAUUCGGAGGUGAAAGGUUUGAAGGUGGAAUUUCACAUAGUAGGAAUUUAGGUUCUCACAUUGCAGUAGGUGAUAAAGCAGGCCAAAGUGCUUCACUCAUUGGAUUUAGAGGAGAUAUGACACAUUUAAAACAUACUGAAAGUGUGACCUUUAAGGGACGGGGACUUGGGGAAAGAGAAUCUCAGACUUUUAGGGGAGAUGCAAACUUAACUGAUUUUCAGGAAAAUAGAGACAGCCCAGAUCCCAACUGGAGAGGCCAACUGUCAUUUCAGACUAGUGAAGAUAAAGGCCUUGGUCCAGCUGAUAGACAUCUUGGUUCAGAUGCCCCAAAGUCAGAUGCUGGGGAUGCUCACAAAGGAGCAGUUCGAGAAGUAAUAGAUUCAGUCAGGGCAGGGCCAUUUACACAAGAUGAUUGGACUACUCAUCAGUUUGGUAAAAUGGGGUCAAACAUGGAGAGUCAGGGUCCUCAAAAAGUAGGUGAUCAAAGCUUUCAUUCACAAAGAAAUAAAGAAGUUAGUCCCAACAGAAAAACCUUUGAGCAUGAUUUUAGGGUGCCCAGGGGCUCAGAUUUUAUGGGAGCUAGAACAGAAGUAAGAAAUCCUGAAUUGCAUUUCACAAGGAAUGAUGUGAGACAUCCUGUGUGUUCAGAUAUGAUGGACCAGGCCCCUGAAAAGAAAGACUCUGAAUUUGAAGUGACAAUGCUGGACAGGAGAGAACAAUCGUGUCCAGAUGUGGAGAGGCUGGGACCUAAAUUUAUGGGUCCUCAAAGUGAUAUCCCUGAGCCUAAACGUAGUGGGCCAGGGUGUCCAGAUUUCAUGGGACAAAGACUUAAUAAAAGAAUGUGGCCUGAAAGGACAGGACCAGAUAUAUUGGGUCCAGGGAUUGAUAGAAGGGUUCCCAAUAUGGGAGGUCCUGUUAAUGCCUGGAGAGGAAGAGGAGGUCCAAUAUUAAGAUUAAGUGGACCUGAAAAAAGAGACUUAUCUAUGGAAGUUGCUGAACACCACAGUAGAGGUCAAGACAACCCAGAAUUUAGACAACCAGGGCACACUAAAGGAAGUCCUGCUAUGGAAAAUACUGGUUCUCAGAGUAGAGCAAGCGGGGGACCAUUUUUUCCAGGACAAGGUCCAGAAAGCAGAUGCUCAUCUAUUCAAGGACCUGUACCAGACAGAAGAGGCCCCAGUUUGGAUUGCCAAAAUUCUGACUGGGAAGGCUCAAUGGGACAUGAAAAUUGUGGACCGGGGUCUGAAAGAAAGGGAACAUAUUUGGGGGCUGCUGAGCCUCUCCGCAUAGAAGAAGGGAAAGAAAGAAAUAUCAGAGGUAGAGGAAGAGGUAGAAUAGGGCCUCAAGCAUAUGGCGAGGACUGGCAUAUUAGGGACUCUUGGCCAGAAAGAGCAGCUCCAAACAUAAAACAAGAAAAUAGCAGGAGCCCUCCAAGAGGCUCGUCGUUUAGGUGUCCUGAGCAAGAAAGAACCACUUCAGAAAUGGGAGGUCUGCAGCCUGAUAGGAAUAUGUCACACCUUGAAGAGCGUAACAGAAUAGAUAUGGGAGGUGUACCAACUUGUGGAAUGGGUCAAAAAUUUUAUAGGAGACCAGAUCAUGAAAGAAGAGUUGCAGAUUAUGGGGGCCAAGUCCCUGACAGACAAAAUCCAAGGGGCACAAACUUUAGAAAACCUGUGCCUGCAAAGCCAUAUUCAGGUAUUGAAGACCAGAAACCUAACUGGAGAGAAUCAAGUGGCCCUGAUUUUGAAGGUCCUCGGCAGGAAGAAGUGAAUACAGAGGGUCUUGGAUAUGAAAGAGAAAAUGAGUGGGUCGAGUCUGAACCAAUUCAAGAUUUUCAUGAUUAUGAGAUCUCAGAUAAUGAUAGAAGAGGUAGAAGCUUUAGACCUCCAAGACUAAUGAGAAGGAAUGUCCGAAGACCAGGACCAAAUUCUCGUGGCACUGGACCUAACUGGAGGGGUGGUGCCUUUGAAGGGAAAAGGUCAGAUAGAAGAGGGCCGGGGUUUGAGGACUGGGGAAGAGGAGGAUCUUCUGGGGAUAUUUGGGACAACAGUGAAGAUAGGAGUUUUGCGAAUUUCCAAGAUGGUUCUGAUGAACAGGUUGAAGAGUCCCAUAGGCAAGAUGAUUAUACUGAAUGGGAAGAUGCACAGGAUUCAGAAAAUGUGCAGUUUCCUGUUUCUGGAGAUGACUGGGAUGGUCCUGCAUUUAGCGCUCCAGGGUCAGCUCAAGACAACACAGAUCUAGACUAUCCUGGCCCUAAUGGAGAAGGCGAAGGACAUGAAUGGACAGAGCCUGAUGGAGAAGGUUCUGGGGUAUUUUUCAGAGGUAGAGGGAGUACAUGUAAUAGAAGACAAAACUGGGGUAGGGUCAGAGGAAGAGGACGAGGAUCAGCUAUGCAGAGACAUGAAAACAUGGAGGAUGACUGGAGGCACCAGGACUUUAAGGGAAAUAUGAGGGGCCAUGAUGUUGGCAUACCCAGGACUCCAAGGGGAGGUUUCAAUUUAAGAAGAUCACACCCAAACAGGAGACCAUUCAAGAGGGGGGGUCCAAAUUUAAGAUGCCCAAAACCAGGCUACAGAAAUUUUAAUGAGUUUCCUGAGUCUGAUGGGAGAGCUUUAGAUUUUGGAGAACAGGCAACUGAAAGGCAUGGUGUAGAUGGGGAUCAUCUAAGGACAGAUUACCAAGGAUUUGAACAUGAAUUUAAAAGAGUAAGGAGAGGUCCAGUGAUGAGACAACAAGGUCCCGGCAAUACAGAAAUAACGGGGAUGUCACCUAAUAAUAUGGGUCCAAGAGAAGAUAGAAGGGAUACAAACUCUGAGAGAGGUCCAGGUUGGAGGGAACAAGAACAAAGGCAUCGAGGUCAGCCCACUAGCAGAGAGGGAAGGGGUCCUCAUCAACAGAACACUGACACUCACGAAGGACCUCCAGCUCCAUUUAAAAGGCCUCCAGGACCCUUUACAACAAGAGGCGGAAAAUCAAUCCGUGAUUUUGAUACUCCACAACAACAGGCCGCGCAACCUCAAAGACACAGAGGUGCUUUACUUCCCACCCCUUCAGAAUGCCCAUUACCUCAGCCAAAUACCAUGAUGAAGAGUCGUGAUGACUCCACAGACAAAACACCACAGUUUGGUCCCCCGUUCGGUAGGAACAGGGGAAUAGGUAGAGGUAGAGCAGUGGAUAAUCGUUUCAGAGGGCGUGGAAGAGGACGAGGUGGUCCUGCAUGGUAAAUUAAUGGAGAGUGUGAAGAAGAAAUUGUUUAAUUACUCAAACAGGUUUAUCAUGGAAAUAAAAAAAAUAAAAAAAAAAGAUUGGAUUGCAGAUUUGAACUGAAAGAAAUAUUGAAACUAGAAAAAAAAAUCAAAUAUUUACU